AAAAUGAAGAAUUAAAAAAAAAUAAUUCCGAAACUUUGGAAAAUGAACUAAAAAAAAUUGAACAACAAGUAGAAAAAUGCUUAGAUGCUUUACGUGCUGAAUAUAAUAAGAACGCUGCUUUAGACCAAAAAAUGAACGAACUAUUUGAAUUAUGUAAAGAAUUCGGAGAAGAACUUCCUACCUUUAGAAGCAAAAAAAAUCAAAACUGCAAUAAAGAAAAAGAACCAUUGAAAAAUACAAACGAUAAAUUAAAACAAGACCUAGAAAAUUGUAAUAAAGAAAAAAAAACCUUACAAGAUAAAAAUAAAAAACUUGUAGAUGAAAUUAACAAACUAAAAGAAGACUUGAAAAAAUGUAAAGAAAAUGAACCAAAUGAAAACCUCGUAAACAAAAAUAAAGAAUUGAGAAAACAAUUAGAUAAAUGUCACCAAGAUAGCGAACAUUUGAAAGAGGGAAUUACAGCAUUAGAAGAAGUAGUAAAAAAAUAUGAAAUAAACCGAAUCGUAAACAAAUUAGAAACUCUGAAAAAUAAAAAUAAAACCCUUAUCAAUGAAAAUAAUAAUUUACAAGAUAUCGAUGAAAAGUGUAAAAAACUUGCUGAAGAAAAUGAAAAACUCUUGAAAGAAAACAAAGAAUUAACAGAAAAAAACGAUAAACUUGUUCUUGAUCAAAAACCUAAAAACAAUUCAAGAAUGAUUUCUGCCCAAUUACAACGAAUUCAAGAUGAAAUAAACCGAUUAAAGAAAGAAAAUGAAAAACUAGAAAAUGAAAAUAAUCAAAUAUUAGAAAACAGUCAAUAUGAUAAAUUAUUAAAAAAAAAUCAAGAACUACAAAAAGAAAAUGAAAUCACCAUUUAUCAAAACCAAAGAUUAACCAAAAGAUUAGAACAAUUUUUAAAAGAAAUCCGUGAAAAAAGAAUAGAAUAUGAAGAAAAAGAAAAAAUAUUUGAUAUAUUGAAUGAAAAAAUUGAUAUUAUAUAA